AUGGGCCACGCCAUCGCCAAUGGCCUGGUGCUGAUUGGCACCGGGAGCUCCGUGCGGCUGGACCGAGAGCUGGCGCUGGCGGUGAGGAACAUGGUGGAGAUGUCCAAAGCCCAGCCGCUGACGCCGAGGGAGCGGCUGCACGUGUCUGCGGAGAACAACCACCCACUGGGUUAUCGAUUCUAUGAGCCACAAGCCGACAUAGAUACGUCUAUGCGUACAGUUGAGUCCUCACUAAUGAACUUCCCCGAAGCCUGCGAGCUGUGGGAGCAGAUUCUCCGGGACCACCCCACGGACAUGUUGGCCCUCAAGUUCUCCCACGACGCCUACUUCUACCUGGGCUACCAGGAGCAGAUGCGAGAUUCUGCGGCCCGAGUCUACCCCUUCUGGACACCCGGCGUCCCCCUGAGCAGCUACGUGAAAGGCAUCUACUCGUUCGGGUUGAUGGAGACCAACCUCUACGACCAGGCGGAGAAGCUCGCCAAAGAGGCGUUGUCUGUGACCCCCACGGACGCGUGGUCGGUUCACACCGUGGCCCACAUUCACGAGAUGAAGGCGGAGGUCAAGGCCGGGCUGGACUUCAUGCAGCGCUCGGAAGCCCACUGGAAGGUAGGCGUCGGGCCGCGGUCACCUGCCCGGGCGACCCCGUCCCCCUGAGCUGAGCCGGGCAUC